CUUCUGACUCUUGAUUACUUGCAUUAUCCCCAUGUGGGACUUGUCCGCUCAUAAACCCGAUCCUGCCAGCUAAAUAGAUCUACAGCACAACUGUCUUGCUAACAUCCUGUCAAGGCAAAGACAAUAUAUUUUCUCGCACUCAAAACUGUGACAAUCCCCUAAUUUUGACUUAUCAUUCACAAUCCUACAGGACCAUACUCAAACAAAUGUCGUUGGUCCCUCCAUUCACAGCCGAAACGGCCCACGCAAAGGUCAAGAAGGCUCAGGACCUGUGGAAUGCGCAGGAUCCUCAUGCCGUAGUCAAGGCAUACACGCCGGACUGUAUCUGGAGAAAUCGUGCGACCUUCUUCUCAGGAACAGAGGCAAUCGUAGACUUCUUGACAAAGAAGUGGGAGAAAGAGAAGAGCUAUCGAUUGCGCAAAGAAUUGUUCGCGUUCAACGACGACAGAAUUGCCGUUCAAUUCUGGUAUGAGUAUCAAGAUGCCCAUGAUGGUAUGAAGUGGAAGAGAUGUUAUGGAUUGGAGGAUUGGACCUUCGCCGCAGACGGGAGGAUGCGCAAGCGGCAGAUGAGUGGUAACGAUGUCGAUAUCACCGAGGAGCAACGAUGGUACAAAGAAGGUAUCGAUGUCAAUGAGGUGGAAAUAAGCGAAGCCCAUUGGUGA